GAGGGUUAUCUAAGGGACUACACCCUAGCGUCCGUACAGCCGGGAGUCUGCAGCUCAAACUCACGUUAGUGAAGGGGGUGUGCGGGACAUCAAAAUAUACGGUUACCGCAAACGUAGGCCUUACAAGACUGACAGUCAUUUGUUUUUAAAGAUAGCGUGUGUGUCUGACACCAGAAGGCGAAAAUGUCGUGGCAGAGCUACGUGGAUAACCUGAUGUCGGAUGGCAGCUGCCAGGACUCCGCCAUUGUUGGGUACAACUCAGACUCUAAAUACGUAUGGGCAGCGCAGGAGGGGGGAACAUUCGUAAACAUCACGCCCACAGAAAUUGACAUCCUAGUAGGAAAAGACCGAGAAAGUUUCUUCACCAACGGCCUGACCUUGGGUUCAAAGAAAUGCUCAGUUAUUCGAGACAGUAUCAACAUUGACAGUGACUGGACAAUGGACAUACGGACGAAGAGCCAAGGAGGAGAGGCCACAUACAACAUUGCGGUCGGCAAAGCAGGCAAAGCGUUGGUUAUAGUCAUGGGCAAGGAAGGUAUCCAUGGAGGGCUGCUCAACAAGAAAGCGUAUACCAUGGCUGAUUACCUGAGGAAAUCUGGAUAUUAAGACACCUCCCAACCUAACAGCUCAUUUUAUCACCAUUCCCUACUCUAGAUGACAUUUGCUUUGUCGUCGGUUUUCUUUUGCACAUUUACUGUUCUACCCUAAAAUCAUAUUUUCUACAUUUGUUCAUAACCCCAUCUCAUAUCUUACCCAAGUUUCGGUUUUAUUUUGACACUACGAUUACAACACUAUGUAUUUUUGACCAAGGGCUUGAACUUAAAAACUCCUUUCUAAAUCAAGUCUUGGAAAGGUCGAUCAUACGCAUAUCUCUAAAACUAUCAAGUGGACCUCCUACACUUAUGUCAUUUGUCAGAAUGAGGUCUGUGUGGGAUUGAGGUUCAGUUUGUGCGAUAAAACGUUGGAAAUCGAACAAACUGUAUGUCUAUUCAACACAGCCUCAUUGCCGAAAGUUAGGCCUUUAACAAACCUACAAUACCAGUCCAUGUAUCAUAACAAUCUUUCAUACCCCCCCCCCCCCAUUUCACUGACACUGGUUGGGCAGCCUCGUGAGGUUUAUCUCUCUUAGUUUGGCUGUCGGUUAAGUGCAAUGAUACGAAGCGGUAGCAUUUCCUCAUACUACAUCUUGUCCACAAUUAAAUCUCCAUCGACAUUCCGACAUUAGCGUAACUUUAGCACUUAACUUUAUUUUUCUAUCCUGUGUUCAGAUGGUGGGUAACCUUAUGUAAUCAUUUUGGACCAAUUUAUGUCAUCGUUCAGGUUAUUUACACAAUCGCUCUUCUGAUGACUGUAAACACUAGCGUAGCAUCUGAUGGCAAGCUCGCGAAUAAGACUCGAGCAGCCUCAUAUCAGCUUUCAACACUUGAAUUGGUGAAUUUGUUCAUCCCAUGCUAUGUUGUGACGAAAAUAAGUUUUCAACUGUAUGUUAAAAUGAUCUAAAUGUCUGUCAAAAGUCCAAAUGUUAACAUUAAUGUAGGUAUGACACUCAAGUCGCAAACGAAAAAAUGUGUUUGUGCCAUAACAUAAUGAGAAUCUGUUGCUAUUGUUAGGAUGAAUUUGAUCUUUGAAGUGUAAAAUUCAUCAGAACUUUUCUGGGGUGUUGGAUUCAAAUGUUUUGACAUUGUGGGAUGUUUGUACUGAAUCAAAACCUAAGACUUUCGUUCAUUUCUUUUCUUGUACCUUGUUUUCAUACAUCUUGGUUACAGUCUGAUUUCGUAUGCAUAAACCAAGAAAUGCCAUAAAUUAAUUUCUCCAUCUUGUUUACAGACAGAUUAAAUGAAUUUAUUCCAACCAAA